UACAUUCCUUACGUUGUCGAGUCGAUCAUCGCACUUCCAGCCAGAAUCCAGCCCAAACAGAAUACGUCUCUUUAGAUAUCUAGGCCGCUCAUUUCUCUCUCAAAGCCACCCUGCGCAAUAGCGCAAACGCCGCCAUGUCUUCAUCAUAUCCACCGGAGAAGCAGUCAAUAUCAUCGACGUCAAGAGCAAUACCAAGCUCAUCGGCACUGCCAGCUCGACAUGACACUGCACAGCGAACUUCAACACUGAACCCCAAGUGCUGGACACGGAGAACAUGGCUCAUUGUUGGUACGGUGACUGUGCUCGUCAUCACUGCCGCGGUUGCAGGAGGAGUGCUCGGCGCCAGGGCGAACGCAUAUCCAAAUUACUCCAAGAUCGACUAUACACUACGGGAUACAUAUGCCGGAGCCACAUUCUUCGAUAACUUCGACUACUUCACCGGGUACGAUCCCACGCACGGUUUCGUCCAUUACGUAGAUGCCGCAGGCUCCGCAGCCCAGAACCUCACCUCCACCAGCAACACCACCGAAGCAGAUUCGCUCGCCAGCAGCGGCACAACGGCCGUCCUGCGCGUCGACACAAGCGACCAAAACGCCACCACCGGCCGCCGCAGCGUCCGCAUCACCUCCAAGCAAACAUACAGCUCUGGCCUCUUCAUCUUCGACGUCCUGCACUCGCCCUUUGGCUGCGCCACCUGGCCGUCCCUCUGGCUCUCAGACCCCUCGUCCUGGCCCGCCCACGGUGAGAUCGACGUCAUGGAAGCCGUUAACGUAGGCGACACGGGCAACCAAAUGACGCUGCACACGACCUCGGGCUGCAAGAUCGGCAAGAACAGACGCAGGAAGCAGACCGGCGAGGCACUCUCGUACGACUGCUACAACGGCACGAACAGCAACGAGGGCUGCGGCGUGCAAGGCCCCGCCGACUCCUACGGCGAGCUAUUUAACGCCAACGGCGGCGGCGUGUACGCCAUGGAGCUACGCGACGAGGGCAUCCGCAUAUGGAUGUUUGGGCGCGACGGCAUCCCGCAGGACGUCGAGGACAAGGCGCCCGAUCCGUCGACGUGGGGGACUGCGCUGGCGGAUUUCCCGAACUUGGAGUGCGAUAUCGGGUCGCAUUUCAAGAAUAUGUCGAUUAUUGCGAAUAUCGACUUGUGCGGCGAUUGGGCGGGCCAACAGAGCGUUUUCGGCGAGAAUGCGUUGUGCACGGGGACGUGCUCGGAUUGGGUGGCGUCUCAAGCCAGUAGCUUUGAUGAGGCGUAUUGGGAGUUUGGCGGGUUUUGGGUGUAUGAGGGGGCAUGA